AUGAUCCAUUCCAUUGCGAAAUGCUAUCAUAUUGCAUAUGAUCCAUUCCAUCCGAAAUGCUAUCAUAUUGCAUAUGAUCCAUUCCAUCCGAAAUGCUAUCAUAUUGCAUAUGAUCCAUUCCAUCCGAAAUGCUAUCAUAUUGCAUAUGAUCCAUUCCAUACGAAAUGCUAUCAUAUUGCAUAUGAUCCAUUCCAUCGAAAUGAUAUCGAAUUGCAUAUGAUCCAUAUCCAUCGAUCAUAUGAUCCAUUCGAUACGAAAUGCGUAUAUAUCAUAAAUGCUAUCGCAUAUGAUCCAUUCGAUACGAAAUGCGAUCAUAUUGCAUAUGAUCCAUUCGAUACGAAAUGCUAUCAUAUUGCAUAUGAUCCAUUCGAUCCGAAAUGCGAUCAUAUUGCAUAUGAUCCAUUCCAUCCGAAAUGCUAUCAAAUGCGAUCAUAUAUGAUCCAUUCGAUACGAAAUGCUAUCAUAUUGCAUAUGAUCCAUUCCAUACGAAAUGCUAUCAUAUUGCAUAUGAUCCAUUCCAAUGCUAUCAUAUUGCAUAAAUCCAUCCGAAAUGAUCCUAUCAUAUUGCAUAUGAUCCAUUCGAUACGAAAUGCUAUCAUAUUGCAUAUGAUCCAUUCGAUACGAAAUGCUAUCAUAUUGCAUAUGAUCCAUUCGAUACGAAAUGCUAUCAUACUGCAUAUGAUCCAUUCCAUCCGAAAUGCUAUCAUAUUGCAUAUGAUCCAUUCCAUCCGAAAUGCUAUCAUAUUGCAUAUGAUCCAUUCGAUACGAAAUGCUAUCAUACUGCAUAUGAUCCAUUCGAUACGAAAUGCUAUCAUAUUGCAUAUGAUCCAUUCGAUACGAAAUGCUAUCAUAUUGCAUAUGAUCCAUUCCAUCCGAAAUGUUAUCAUAUUGCAUAUGAUCCAUUCGAUACGAAAUGCUAUCAUAUUGCAUAUGAUCCAUUCCAUACGAAAUGCUAUCAUAUUGCAUAUGAUCCAUUCCAUACAAAAUGCUAUCAUAUUGCAUAUGAUCCAUUCCAUCCGAAAUGCUAUCAUAUUGCAUAUGAUCCAUUCGAUACGAAAUGCUAUCAUAUUGCAUAUGAUCCAUUCCAUCUGA